AUGGCAGAAUCACGAACUCGAAGACCCCGUUCAAGCAUUCUCGAUUCUUUGGGGGAAGAAAUCGUCAGAAUCAUCGCACCCGUUUCGAUAUGCAUGUUCUUGGUGGUAAUCUUGGUAACAAUCCUAAACAACAACUCUUCCUUCGAAGCAACAGUGAGCAGCAUAGCCACCAUAGCAUACACCGAGACAACCUCGGACUCAACCUGGGACAAAUUCGUAGGUUCCCUUUUGAACUCCUUGGCCUUCGUAGUGUUUGUCACCUUCGCAACCUUCAUCUUGGUCGUCUUCUUCUACUUCGGAUGCACCAGGUUUUUGAGAUUCUACAUGGGUUUAUCUGCUUUCGUUGUGUUGGGAUUCCUCGGCGGUGAAGUAUCCUUGUCCUUGAUAGAACAUUAUAGUACUCCCGUUGAUUGCAUAACGUUUUCCCUUGUGUUGUUUAAUUUUGCUGUUGUGGGAAUUUUGGCCGUGUUUAUGUCAAAAAUGGCGAUUUUUGUUACGCAAGGGUAUUUGGUUAUUAUUGGAAUGUUGGUUGCGUAUUGUUUUACUAUGUUACCUGAGUGGACCACGUGGGCCAUGCUUAUUUCUAUGGCAUUGUAUGACCUUGCUGCUGUUUUGUUGCCUGUUGGGCCUCUAAGGCUUUUGGUAGAGCUUGCAAUUUCAAGGGAUGAAGAAAUUCCUGCUUUGGUUUAUGAGGCUAGGCCGGUGAAUCAUGACAAUUUGGAACCAAGGGAUAGGGAUACUGCGGCUCAGAGGAGGGUGUGGAGAGACCCAGCAGAAAGGAGGGUUCAGCCUACAGUUAUCCAACCUGAUCCCCGUUUGUUGAGAAACUUGGUAAUGGCAGAAGACGUACUGCUACGGGUUCCAGAAGAACCUUAUUCGGAGCUUUAUAGACCCUUGAUUGAUCAUGGAAUGAAUGUCCAGCUGGGAAGGGCAGAGGAUAGUACGUCAAAUGAAAGUUUGAUGCUUGAAGGAAUUGGAUUGGGUUCAACUGGUGCAAUCAAGUUAGGGCUGGGAGAUUUUAUCUUCUAUAGUGUUUUGGUUGGCAGGGCAGCGAUGUAUGAUUUUAUGACGGUGUAUGCAUGUUAUCUGGCUAUCAUUGCCGGUCUGGGCGUAACUUUGAUGCUUUUGGCUUUUUAUCAGAAAGCUUUGCCUGCUCUUCCUGUGUCAAUAGCACUGGGUGUAUUGUUUUAUUUCUUGACCAGGCUCUUACUUGAAGUAUUUGUUGUACAAUGUUCCUUGAAUCUCCUGAUGUUCUAG